AUGGUGAAGAUUUGUUGCAUUGGAGCAGGGUAUGUUGGUGGGCCUACAAUGGCUGUCAUUGCGCUCAAGUGCCCGAAAAUUGAAGUUGUUGUUGUUGACAUCUGGGAACCUAGGAUCAAAGCCUGGAACAGUGACCAGCUCCCCAUCUAUGAGCCAGGCCUAGAUGAGGUGGUGAAGGAGUGCCGAGGCAGGAACCUGUUCUUCAGCACCGAUGUGGAGAAACAUGUUGCAGAGGCUGAUAUAGUUUUUGUUUCAGUCAACACCCCGACUAAAACUCAGGGUCUUGGAGCUGGUAAAGCUGCAGAUCUGACAUAUUGGGAGAGUGCAGCACGCAAGAUUGCUGAUGUGUCAAAAUCUGACAAAAUAGUUGUUGAGAAAUCAACAGUCCCAGUUAAGACUGCUGAGGCUAUUGAAAAGAUAUUGACUCACAACAGUAAGGGAAUCAAAUUCCAGAUCCUCUCAAACCCUGAGUUCCUUGCAGAAGGAACUGCAAUUGGCGAUCUGUUCAACCCUGAUCGUGUCCUCAUUGGAGGGAGGGAAACCCCAGAAGGCCAGAAGGCAAUCCAAGCUUUGAAGGAUGUCUAUGCUCAUUGGGUUCCUGAAGACCGCAUCCUAACCACCAACCUUUGGUCUGCAGAACUGUCCAAGCUUGCUGCGAAUGCCUUUUUGGCUCAAAGGAUUUCCUCCGUUAAUGCCAUGUCAGCACUCUGUGAGGCAACUGGGGCUGAUGUUGCCGAGGUGUCCUAUGCUGUUGGCAAGGAUACUAGGAUCGGUCCCAAGUUUUUGAAUUCUAGUGUUGGUUUCGGGGGGUCCUGCUUCCAGAAGGAUAUUCUUAAUCUUGUUUACAUCUGCGAGUGCAAUGGUCUUCCAGAGGUGGCAGAGUACUGGAAACAAGUGAUCAAGAUCAAUGAUUACCAGAAGAGCCGAUUUGUGAACCGUGUUGUUUCCUCAAUGUUUAACACAGUUUCUCAAAAGAAGAUUGCCAUUUUAGGGUUCGCAUUCAAGAAGGAUACUGGGGACACAAGGGAGACCCCUGCCAUUGAUGUGUGCCAGGGGCUGUUGGGAGACAAGGCUCUCUUGAGCAUCUAUGAUCCACAGGUCACAGAAGACCAGAUUCAGAGGGAUCUUAUCAUGAAAAAGUUUGAUUGGGAUCAUCCUCUCCAUCUCCAGCCAAAGAGUCCCAACUCUUCUGUUAAGCAAGUGAGUGUUACUUGGGAUGCCUAUGAGGCAACUAAGGGAGCCCACGGUGUUUGCAUCUUGACAGAGUGGGAUGAAUUCAAGACUCUUGAUUACAAGAGGAUAUAUGACAACAUGCAGAAACCAGCUUUUGUGUUUGAUGGAAGGAACGUUGUGAAUGGGGAGAAGCUGAGGGAGAUUGGUUUCAUUGUGUAUUCAAUCGGUAAGCCACUGGAUGCAUGGCUCAAGGACAUGCCUGCUAUUGCAUAA